CAGCUCAGUACCCCGAUCAGUGAGUGGCCAGCCUCCAUCCCUGCACCAGCUCACCUCUGUGUGUUCGGUCACCUCCCUUAAACCAUCCAAUCAGAAACCUUCAUCAGACGUCCUACCUUCGUGCUCCAUCCCUCAUCCCCACCAUCAGCGUCUUGUCUCUGGGAGGGGGGGGGGGGUCUCCUUCAUAUCCAGAGGACCCAAUUCGUAGGAGCUGCUUCCAUGGUCGUCUACUUCCCGCUGGGGUAUAAGCACCAUCCACUGAUAUCCAUUCGAAUUUCCUCACAUUCAUUUGUUUCUCCGAACCCUUGCCACAGAGCUCCUGUUCAUCUGUCGAGCUGAGAGAUACGACAUGAAGUUUUUCAGUCAUGCGUCGUAUGAGUGCCCGCCUGAGAGCCGCUGGCUACUACAACAUAAAUGAGGAAUCAGAUGCGCAUUGUCUGUCAAAUAUAUCCUACAAUGAGAAGCCUGUCAAGGUUUUCAGGAAGAGGGACGGGAACUACCCCAAUCUGCCCCACGGGGCAAAGAAUGCUACUCAAGCAAACAGCUACACGACACCCAUUCCUGCUGCCCAGCCACCCAUCCCUGCAGCCAAGUCUUAUGUCAGUUAUCCUGCAUCGGUACCAUAUGACAACACGCGAUUGCACUCAAGGUACUGGAUGUCUGAGGGUCUGUCCAGAUGGCCGCCCAUUAACAAUUAUAACAGUACUACCAGUACUACCAGGACUUCCAGGACAAUAAGGAAUACACAAACUACCUACACCUACAGUAUUACCAACCGUCCCAGAAAAGAUUCAGCUCGAAGUUCUGGAUACAUGAGAGCAAUAAUUAGUGCCUUAUUUUUUCCGAUGACAUUACUCUCAUGGAUAGGGGCCAAGUCUAAAUCAAUGAUGAUGCAUGUGGGACAUUUAGUCAGGAGUCGCAUGAAGAAGACCUGUGGUCUGCUUGUCCUCCUCAUCCUCAUAUCUCUAUGUGGAUGGCUACUCUCUCCUGUGUUGACCCAUUUCGUGGAUUUCAAACUGCCAAAGUUUCUACCUCAUCAACCCAGCACCCAUCUUGAUGCUGCUGAGGAGAUCAAGGAGCUGAUAGAUCUAGACAUGCAGGACUUGACCGGAAUGAUGUCCAGCCUUGGUAACAGGAUCAAAGAAGUGGAGACUAAGAAUGCAGUGGUAAAAGUGCUGCUAGAGACGUCUGCCAGUGACAGACACACACAGGGGGUCAAACCACCUUCAGCUACCAACAACCAGCUAACCCCAGAGAUCCAACAGGCCAUGGAGAAGUGGCUCAGCUACCACAUCAAGGAGCAGGACGUAUUCAUGCUUGAUGACAAAAGAAGUGGACGUUCGAUAGGUGACGAAAUGGCUGACUUUGCCCUCGAGGUUCAAGGAGCCAGGGUGAUCACUUCCAGGUGUUCAGAGACAUAUCGUGGUAGUAGGGAGUUUUUGACCCUGUUUGGUUACACGAUGUUGACUGUCGAUGUGAGCCCACGGACCGUUAUUCAGGGUCUGGCACCACUGCUCCCAGGGAGGUGUUGGUCAUUUCCUGGUGCCCAGGGAACUUAUGCCAUUACUCUCUCUCAUCCGGUGAAGAUAACGCACGUGACAGUGGACCACGUCUCGCGCUACAACUCACCCACUGGCAGCAUCAACUCCGCGCCCAAAGCCUUUGAACUCUAUGUGAGUGCUCCCAAUACUAUUAGUUGA